AUGGUGGACCCACAUGGAACUCCCUCUCAAAAGCCAGUUACCCCACCUAAAGCGAAGUUGACCAAAUCUCCAGUUAUCUUCAGUACUCCUCUCAGCGAUAAAGCAGCGAGUCACCAAAGGGCUGACCUUUAUUCACCUGGCACUCAGUUCGUUACCCUCAAUGUGGACGACGUCAAUGUGCAUCUUAUAGAGGACUGUAAUACCUCAAAAUUGAUUUCAUUUGAGGACUUUGCCAUUAAAAUCCUUGGUAUACCGGUCAAUUGGAAAGAUAGCUGGUCGACAAAGCUUAAACCUGCUUUGGAGUUGAACGAAUGGACGAAGUAUAAAGAGGCAUGGUAUAAAGAGUCUCACGAAAAAGGGCUCUACGAACCUUUCUCACAGGUGUGUAACAAGGUUAUCGCCACCAUAGCCGGAGGACAGGAUAACAUGAACUCGUUGGUGGUGUACCAGCAUGACGAGGCGUUUCAAAUCGGUUACACGAGACGCUCACCUGAUACCGCCGUUACUCUCUGGGGAUGGGCGGAAAAGGUCGGGGGCCGGAUAGACGACAAGAUCUUCGUAGGUUUUGAUGAGAAGGGAUACAAGAAGAUUUUAUGGGAGCAGAUUCGAAUGUUCUUGGAGAUAAAAAAUACUUCGAACGGUAGAACAUUGGGUGAUUUCCUUUCUCCAAACUUAGUGAAGAAGCCUUCAAAAGGAGAAAGCUCUGAGGUCGCUUCUGGCGUUGCUUCUUCCUCUGGUUUGAAGAAGCGCGUUCUUGCUUUGACGACGUUCGCUCAACAUUCCACCCAAGGGAGCAAAACACAGAAGAAACAGAGGAAUUCUAAAUCUACCUAUACUGUCGCUGAACCACCAAAACCUAACAAUAAUCCCGGCCAUGUCCGGUUGAAAUGCACUGGUUACGCCCUCGAGAUGUUAACGAGUGGUCGUGUUCGUUCCCAUUCGUUUGGAAUGCUUGUCGAUGGGCCCAAUAUCCAGCUUCAAUACUAUGAUCGCUCCAUGAUUGUCAAGACAUACGGGAUCUGCCUAUCCGACGAGGAUGAGCGACAAUUGUUUAUAGCUGCCCUUUAUCGCUUUACUCAGUUCACUCCAGCGGAAUGGGGUAUUUUGUUGCAUGGCGACGACGAAAAUCCAGAAACAUGUGUUAAAGAUGACGACGAUAACGAAAAAGCCGGAAAGACAUGUGGAAAUGAUCCGUUCGCUGGGAUGGAAUUUGUACUCAAAAAGAAAGAUGCGAAGAAACACAUUCGACUCGUUCGUCUCAUAUUCCGCAGUCACGGACUCAUUGGUCGUGGUACGAUUGUAGCGGAGGCCGAGUGCAUAUGCGGAAACGGUGGAAGUGAAUGUGAUUGGAACGGGCCCUUGGUAGUGAAAAUCAGCUUCCCCACCACUGGCAGAUGUAAGGAGUUCGAAUUGAUCGAAGAAGCUCUCCUUCGCGCGACGGAACUUGGACAUAUGUGGGCCCGACGGCAUCUUCCGCGUAUCUUGUCGUCUCAAGUCAUUCCUUUUGGUGAAGACAGUCCACAAGUGCAACUAGCGAAACUCUUCCCUAAUGAGUACAAGAAACGAUAUGCUUGCGUCAUCGUGCAGGAAAAACUUCAACCUAUUCAUGAGUUGGAGACGCCAGAAGAAUUUGCUCAGGUCUUCUACGAUAUAUUGCAAUGUCAUAAUUGGGUGUAUCAGGUUGCGAAAAUCUUGCACCGGGACAUCAGUUUGAGUAACAUGAUGUUCUGGCGAGAUCCAGUGACCAGGGAAGUUUUUGGUGUCCUUAACGACUUCGACUUGUCUUCGAGGGUUAUGGAAAAGAGUAAGGCUUCCUCAACUCAGCGGACUGGUACGCAGCCGUUCAUGGCACAUGACCUCUUUGAUCCCAAAUGGACUGGAGGACACCUUUACCGCCAUGAUCUAGAAUCCAUUUUUUACGGAUUGUUAUGCCUUUGUUCGCGGUAUAAGGGUCCCGGACAGCUUGUAGACGCUUCUGACGAACUUCAAUACGAAUCCUGGUUUAUUGGAGAUUAUAAAUGUGUACGACGCUCAAAAAAGGAACUGAUCACCCAAGGCAAAAUCAAACCUGCACUGACCGAGUUUUUUGAAGACUUUAGGUCUUGGGUGACCGGGAUCCACAAAUGCAUCUUUGCAGGACGGAUGGACAGAAGUUUAUUCGAAUCGAAAGAUGAUGGUUCCUCGACGUUUGACCAGGAGACGCUUGGAGGACAUUUUACCUAUACUAGCGUUGAGGCGAUUAUGUCUAGCUUCAAAGGUGUUACGCUGAAGAAGCGAGAUGAACCGAUUCACACAUAG